UAAAAUCAGUCCAGUAAAUCAUUACCAGCUGUUGAAACAACAUCUUAAAUAAAUAACUGUGUAAUAGUUUCCAUAAUAGAAAUUGUAAGAUCACAAAUUUGCAAAAUUCUUUCGCGAAAAUGUUCGUCAUAAAGGUUGCAUUUAUCCUACUUUUUGCAAGUUCACUUGCAACUCAAGCUUCCACGACCACAUAUUCCGUCAAGGAUAACGUCAUCAUUGAAAAAAUACUGCAAAGUUAUGACGGCAAUAUGCGACCCAGCGGAGAAAAUGGAUCAUCUCCCACCGUGGUCAGCGUUAAUUUUUAUAUCAGAUCAAUUCCAGAAUUGGACGAUGUAAAAAUGGUUUACAAGACACAGCUCACUUUUAGAAUGCAGUGGUUGGAUGAGGGUCCUAAAUUCGAAUCAACAGAUGCCCACCGUUAUAUAACCCUUCCAGCGACCACGCUUGGAAAAACAUUGUGGUAGCCGGACCUCUUCUUCUCAAACGAGUUGGAAUACUCGAAACACGCCGGUAUAACGCCGAACGAAUAUUACCGGGUGUUUCCGAACGGUGAAGUCUUACACAGUUCCAGGUACCCUUAAUAAUAUAAUUAUAUGUACCCUCUUAGAAAUCAGGUAUUAAAUCAAUACCAAACCGUAUACAUAUAAGACUCUUCCAAAACGGUAUUGAUAAAGAACCACUUGACUAUAGCAAACUUUUAAUAGUGUAUUUUUAUGUGCUUCUAAAUAAUUGCCUGGCAUACCUUAAUUUGUAGAAUUACAGUGAAAUGGUCGUGCCCCAUGAUCUUCGUUUUGUAUCCUUUUGACAAACAGACGUGUUGUAUGCGGAUGGCGAGUUAUGGCUUCACAACGGAUGAUAUAAUUUUCAAGUGGAAAGCAGUGGAUCCAGUCCAACUCACAUCCGAUCUACACUUACCUUCUUUUGCCUUGCAACAGUUUAAGACAGACUAUUGCGACUCAAGAACUAACACGGGAACCUACAGCUGUCUCAGGGUGGAUCUCCUCUUCGCUCGAGAACUCAACCGAUAUCUAUCUAAACUUUUUAUCCCCAUGAUAACGUCCAUCCUACUAAUUUGGGUCUCGACUUGGAUAACACCGUCAAACAGUGGAUUGAUCAUGGCACGUGCCUUACUACUCUGCGGGGCCAGUUUUUAUUGCAAGUGGUCCAUCCUAACUGGACCAGCCAGACCUUCGGCUAUUAUUUCCUAUACAACCGCCCUGGACAUGUGGGACACUUUCUGUACUGGAUUUAUUCUCCUGGGAAUCCUGGAGUUUGUCGUGGUGCUCAUUUCACGCGACUGUGGGAAGGGAUGCGACGAUCUUAACGGGUCGCAAGAUAAGCACGUGUGCAGUCGUAGGAUCGACUUUGUGACGAGAAUUAUCUAUCCGAUUGGAUUUUUAGCCUGUGUCUGUAUAUAUUUUGGAGCUUACUUGGCAAAGGCAAAGGAGCAAGAUGGGGAUGAGACAGAGUAGAAAGAAGGGCUCAAAUUGGUUAAACAUACAUAGUUAAGUUAUAAAUAGUAAGGAAUCCAAUCCCGGACCAUAUUUUGAAUCCCGGGAAUCGGGACUCCCGGCAGAUAUCAAUCCGGCUAGCUAAAUCCGACGAGUUACAUUUCAUUUCGGCCUUUAUUUAAGUGUAAAUGGAUAUCAGUUUAACAAAAAACUGAUUUAAAAGCCAUGACACUAAGUAUCUAUAACUGUGAAUAAGCAAAAAUGUAACUAUAUACAUACAAUAUAAUAAAAAUCAUUCGUACAUAAUCACUCAUUCAUACCAAUAUAAAUAAAUAAAUAAUAAUAAGUUGCGAGCCAAUUCUUCGAUCUCUUUUAGAACUUAUCACUAGAAUGUCGUACUUCAGUCCGUCGCCAAAAAAUCGCUAACGCCCUACAUUACAACCCCAAUUUAUAGUAUGUUGUGAUUUGUUUGAAUAAGUAAUUAAGAAAUUAAGAACCAAUAAUAAUUAAUUUUAACUGGCAAAGGCGAGAGACAUGUUCAAAAUUAAAAAAAAAAUAAGUUGUUUUGUUUAUUUUAUUUGCUCACUCACCUGUGAAAACUUGACGUCUGGAAUGAGGGAUAAAACAAUACUUCCGAAAAUUA